CCAACCACCGUGGCGGCUUUUGUAAUGGGGAAAUGGGAACGCAAAUAAGGCAAACCAACUAACUGAUUGUCUUACUCCCAUCAUUACACCUACGGCGCAGUGUAGUUUUUUUAGCGGCUACAGUUCCCCUCACCCCAAUCCCCGCCUAUUUAUUUCCCUUCAUAUUCAAUUCAUUGCUGCAGCAACAAUUUCAGUUGCAGAGUAAGUUCGAGACAAUCUCUGCCUUUUUUCAGAUCCUAAUAUGUACUAUUUUCUCCUGGCCAAUUUAAAGAGUUGAAGCUAAGCUUCAUUUUCUAGCAGCUUUGUUUUCCGUUGUGCAAGUAGUAAAUUCUACUGCACAAAUUUGGACUAAGUUGAGAUCCUAUGGAGAAACUCGUGUUUCAAAAUGGUGUAAAGAAGGAUCAGUUGCUUUCUGCGACAAAUGAUGACCAUGGUGGAGUUAUAGUGGAAUUGAAGGAGCCUAUGGACUCCACUGUCUUCCAAAACAUGCUUAAAGCUUCAUUAUCCAAGUGGAAGUUGCAGGGAAAGAAGGGUGUUUGGAUUAAAGUGCCAAUUGAACUUGUAAAUUUGGUUGAAACUGCAGUUAAGGAAGGGUUUUGGUAUCAUCAUGCAGAACCUCAUUACCUGAUGCUUGUGUAUUGGAUUCCUGAAACUGAGAAUACCAUCCCAGCAAAUGCCUCACACCGCGUGGGUAUUGGCGCUAUAGUCUUAAAUGAGAAAAGAGAGUUGCUUGUUGUCCAAGAAAAUAGCGGCAGAUUAAAGGGAACUGCAGUAUGGAAGAUCCCUACUGGCAUUGUUGAGGAGGGUGAGGAUAUAUUUGAAGGUGCAACAAGGGAAGUAAAAGAAGAAACAGGAGUAAGUUUGUUGUCUAUUGAAAGCUACAUAAUGUGUUAUUUUCCUGCUGUACAUUUGACGGGUAUUGCUUCUCUGAUAUUUGCUGUGUUUCAUUUAUUGCAGAUUGAUACUGAAUUUCUUGAAGUGCUUGCAUUUAGGCAAACACACAAGGCGCUGUUUGGAAAGUCAGACUUAUUCUUCAUUUGCAUGAUGCGCCCUUUAUCAUUUGACAUUCAAAAGCAAGAUUUAGAAAUUGAGGCAGCACAGUGGAUGCCGCUUGAAGAGUAUGCAGCUCAACCUUUUGUUCAGAAACAUGGCAUUUUCAAGUACACCAAAGAUUUAUGCUUGGCAAAGGCAGAAAGUGGUUACCCUGGGUUUACUCCUGUGCCGAUAGCAUCAUUUUUUGAUGGUAGUACGAGUUUCCUGUAUUUCAACAAGGAUGGUCUGGAUCAGGAAAGCUCUGCAAUUCAUCUCUGAAGGAAGGAUCUAUUGGUACUUGAAUUCUUGUAACUCUUUUGAUCUUAUUCAUAAGUUAAUAUUUUUUAUAGCAAUUGUUUUGAUUUCCUAUAUGCAUAUAUUAAUAAUCUGCAAUUUCCGAUAUCUUUAUGUCAUGUUAUCUACACGUUGCACGGAAGAAAAAGAUCUAUAUGGACACCACCAAUUAGUUUGAUACA